AUGGAGACGAAUCAUUAUGAGUUGUGGACACGCUGCCGUACAUUUGUAGCGGAGGUGUGUGCUGAUCGUGAUGCCUCACACGGUCUGGCGCACAUGGAGAAAGUAACAGAGAAUGCACUUCUUCUUCUUCACAUGCAACACGGCACUGCAGUCAAUCUCACUGUGUUGAUCCCACGUGUGAUACUAGUCGCUAUGCUGCACGAUGUAGCGGAUCAUAAAUAUGACUCAACAAAUGUACUGCAGCAGCGCGUUCGACAGUUUGUUGGGGAAGAAGCAACGGCUCUACUCUCAUCAUCAUCAUCAACAACAACAACAACAACAACAACAUCAACAAGUGUGAUGACUGCAGAGGAAGUUCAACAGUAUACUCUUACGGCCAUAGAAGCCAUUUCUUUCUCGAAGGAGAAGAGUCGUGGCAGACGUUGGUUUGAAGAUCUUUUGCCUGCGGAGUGGUUGAUUGUUCGUGAUGUUGUAAGUGAUGCGGAUAAACUCGAAGCGAUUGGAGCGGAUGGACUGCGGCGUUGUCUCCUCUACACCAAACACGCCAUGUUAGAGAAAGAAAGACAAAUGGCAAAGGAGGACUCAAUGCUAUUAAAGCAAGAACAAGAAGAAAAAGAAAAAUGUUGCCUGCAGAAUGUGAAGACUCAUUUUGAAGAAAAAUUGGCAUUGUUGUCCACAGAAUACAUUGUGACGACUGCCGGUAAGUUUCUAGCGACUCCAAAACAUAUGGAGAUGGUGAAAGAAUUACAGGAGUGGGAGUUGCACGGGUUGCCAUCCCUAACAUAG